UUCUGGGUAUGAAUAGCCGAGGUCACGCAGGAGGAAGCGCACCCAGGUUACAGCCGUGUACAAGAGCUGCUUGGCGCGUGUGUGGUGAUCUGCAGCAGCACCGUUGGUGCCCGACCCAAGUCGUGACUACCUGACCGGAGGUCCCACCAGGCUCCCCUUCUCCGUGCCCACAGGAGGAGCCAUUUCUGGGGUCGAUCCAGCAUCAACAACAGCAGUAGGACCCUCUCGUUUUGUGUGCUGCGGGAGGCAUGGCCGGCCUUGCCACCGCCAUACUCCGCGGGCUGACCACCCCCGAGCACCUCGACGACCUCCUGUCCCGAGGCGCCGACGUCGCGGACCUGUCCUUCGUCGAUCCGCUGGGGAGGUCGCUGGUCCACCUGGCCGCCGAUUCCGGCGACGUCCCCGCUCUGCGCUGGGUCAUCUCGCGGGGCGCGGACCCGAGAAAGACGACCCCGAGCGGGGACACGGCGCUGCACUUGGCCGCGGCGGAGGGACACCGACAGACCGUGGCGUUCCUCUUGGAGGAGGCGUCUGUGGGUAUCCCCGGGGUUAACGUCGCCGGGCAGACGGCGCUCGACCUGGCGGCGCAGGCGGGUCACGACGAAGUGGUGAGGUUGCUGGCGAGGCACCUGCCGACGGCUGCUCCCCCGCCGCCGCCGCCGGCGGCGUCGGCGCGGGAGGCGGUGGUGGUGCCCCAGGGCGCGGGGCAGGGAGUACUACCUGGCGUUGCUGCUGCUGAUGAUGAUGAUGAUGAUGAUUCGUUGAGCAGAAUGACAUCGACGUUGCCGGCAAUAACAUCACCAUCGGCGGCGGCGGCAGCCUCAAUCCGAGCACAAGCACAACCGGUGAGGGGGGAAGACCGGCGUCCGCUGGACACGGCCGCCGGAAUGGCGACUGGCGCAGACAACAAAAGCAGCAGCUGCAGCAGCAGGGGGGGUAACGAUAAAGGCUCGGCGACCGCUGCAAGGAAAAAAUCAGCAUCAGCAUCAAAGCCGUCGCCCAAAGGAACUAAGGGCGGCAAAGGCGGCGGUGGCGGGAGAUCCGCUUUCGAUGAGAGGGCGAUGACCGAAGGCGGGUUCUUCGUGGCAGGGGCGUGGUCCAAGGCCGGAGUGUGCUCGUGCUUCAACGUCCGGCACAGGCACCUCCUCGGCAAGCAUGGAGUGGUUUUCGACAUGGGCGUUUGUCCUGCUGAGGUCUUGCACGUGGCGCGCGUGUUCGUGUCGCACGGCCACCUCGACCACUGCGGAGCGAUCGUGUCCCACGCGCGCCUUCGGGCGCUGUCGCAGGGUCCCCCGGCGAAGUACUACAUGGGGGCCGAGCUGGCUUCCGGGAUGGACAAGGUCCGGAAAGCCUUCGAAGAGGUCGAGGGGGCCAGCAUCGCCAUGGAUAUCGUCGCCGUGGGGCCGGAAGACAGGGUCGAUCUAGGGCAGGGCUGCUUCGUGCGUCCCUUCUUGGUCAAGCACCGGGUCGACGCUUUGGGGUUUGCGCUGAUGCGGCUUAAGACAGACGAGCUGAAGCACGAGUAUCGACAGUUGGACGGAAGGGAGAUCGGAGCUCUGAGGAAACGUGGGGUAGACGUCCACUCGUCCCACGAAACCGUGGAGGUGGUCUACACGGGGGACACCGUGAUGGACGGCCUCGUGUCGCAGCCGGUGGUUUGGGAGGCGCGAAUGCUCAUCAUGGAGGUCACCUACCUUGACGGGGAUGGUAGUGCGGCGGCGAAGAACUUCCACAUACACGAUGUGCUCGACAACAUGGACAAGCUCGGACGAGUGGAGCAACUCGUUGUGGCGCACGUGUCGGAGAGGCACGGCAGUCACCGGAACGUUCUUCGCCUGCUGUCAGCGGCUUUGCCCCCGUCCUUCGUGAACAAGGUUUCGGUUGCCCUCGGAGAGUUCGGGGCCCCUGAAUACCUUUCUUUCUUGGAAGACUACGUUGCCGGAGGAGAGGUUUCCUUCCCGAAGAGGCUUUCCCGCGGGGGCUCCGUCGGAGGAGAGGCAGAAGAGCAAGCAGGGGGGGGGGGGGGGUGAGCGAAGGAGCAGGCGACGACAGGAGCGAAGCGGGGGAGCGUUGUACGGCAAUCGAGCGCUGGCUACGGCAGCAGCAAGCUGUUNGGGGGGGGGGAGGGGUGAGCGAAGGAGCAGGCGACGACAGGAGCGAAGCGGGGGAGCGUUGUACGGCAAUCGAGCGCUGGCUACGGCAGCAGCAAGCUGUUUUGCAGGGGGGGGAGGUCAGCUGGUUUUCGCGUUUGGCAGAGGGUCGAGUGUCCCUAAACCUCGCCAGCUCUCAAUUACAUCGUUUUUCUGGGUUCAAUUUGUUGUGGUGCGUUGUUUUGGGUUAGUUGGUCUGUGAUCACGUAGCUUCUUUUCGUCGCCCUGCCGAAAACUAGAGGUCAAGAAUUGUUUUGAACGUGAAGGCAAGAACACCCUCGGACAUUGCCUCCCCGCCGCCGUCCCGCGUUUUGGUCGAAAGUGUAUGUACAGUAGGACAGUAGGAGGCGUGUUCUUGGAGGCGGUACAGGCGAGAUAGGCCACAUCAUACGCAUGUGGCGCGCAGGCAAUGGAAGCAGCAGCAAGCAGCAG